AUGCCAUCUUCCGCUGUCUUGUUUCCAAGCUUUGUUUGGUUUCUAUACCUCUUUUGCUUCCUUUGCAGCCUACCACUAGCCAUCUGCAAGGAAACUGAAAAUGAUAGACAGGCCCUCCUUUGCUUCAAGUCCAGACUCUCAGGCCCAGCACGAGUUUUAGCUUCAUGGAGCAAUAAGUCCUUUGAUGUUUGCGAGUGGCAUGGGAUCACCUGCAGCAAACCGUAUCCUCGCCGUGUGAUUGCGCUGGACCUCGAGUCGGAAGGCAUAUCAGGCUCCAUAUCACCUUGCGUUGCUAACCUGACUUCUAUUACAAGGCUGCAGCUGUCAAACAACAACUUAAGUGGUGGCAUACCAUCGGAGAUUGGCCUCCUGCGCCGUCUCCGUGAGCUCAACCUCAGCAGGAACAAUUUGGAAGGUAACAUACCGCCAUCUUUGGGCAGCAGCCCUUCUCUCACAUAUGUCAAUCUUGGGGUGAACGCUCUAACAGGGGUCAUCCCGGAGUCCCUGGCAUAUAGUUCAUCCCUCCGAAUACUUUGGCUCAAUAGCAAUAGUCUUGGUGGAAAACUGCCAAAGGCUCUCUUCAACACAUCAUCUCUUGUUGACAUUUCCCUCCAACAGAACAACCUUGUUGGUUCCAUACCUGUUGUUACUGCCACCUAUCCCCCUAUUGAAUACCUCGAUUUAAGUGAUAAUCAUAUUUCAGGAAAAAUGCCUUCCUCACUAGGGAACCUUUCCUCCCUUGUGGAUCUUCGUCUUACAGGGAACAAUUUAGUCGGGAGCAUACCAGAGAGCUUAGGUCAUAUCUCACCUCUGCAGAUACUGGCAUUGACUGCCAACAACUUGUCUGGGACAGUUCCACCAUCUCUCUUCAAUAUGUCAUCUCUGACAUUUCUUAGCCUAGGAAACAACUCGCUUGCUGGAAGGUUACCCCCCAAUAUUAGCUACACACUCCCGAAUAUUCAGACAUUAGUGCUCUCAACAAACAAGUUUGAUGGCCCAAUCCCAGCUUCUCUUCCAAAAGCUUACAACCUUCGUCGUCUUUACUUGUAUAACAACACACUAACUGGGUUCAUACCCUUCUUUGGGACAUUGCCAAAUUUGGAGGAACUUGAUUUGUCAUACAACAGGCUAGAAGCAGGAAACUGGGGAUUUAUGUCUUCACUCACAAAUUGUACCAGGUUGACUAAGCUGCUGUUGGUUGGGAACCAUCUUCAAGGCAAAAUGCCAAGUUCGAUAGGCAAUCUUUCUGAUAGUCUCGAGUGGCUUUGGCUAAGGGAAAACAAAAUUUCUGGGCCUAUACCACCGGAGAUUGGCAAUCUUAAGAGCCUCACUAGGGUUUACAUGGAUUACAAUCUUAUCACUGGAAAUAUACCACCAACUAUUGGUAAUUUGCACCGCUUGGUCCAUCUAUCAUUUGCACACAACAAACUGUCGGGGCAAAUCCCAGAUACUAUUGGUAAUCUUGUUAAGCUAAUUUCAUUGAAACUGGAUGAGAACAACAUUAGUGGAAGGAUACCUGCAAGUAUAGGAAGUUGUACUCAACUCGAGGAACUGAACCUUCGUCAGAACUCACUAGGUGGGAGUAUAUUUUAA